AUGGUUAAGGCGACGGACCGCGAACGGCCGACCACAAGGAGCCUUGCCAGAGGCGGCGUUAGCCUGUCAGAAUCCCUCCCGCUUUCGAAGGACACAUCGACAAACAAGGGAGAUUACAUCAGUACACUACCGGACGAGAUACUACUGAGAAUCCUGGAAUACCUCCCCGAUAUUGUGCACCCAACGAGUAAAUUUACAGUGACAGACCUCGAAGGCGACGCAAUCCGGCCCCGACGGCCGAUUCUCGACUAUGCAUCGGUAGCUCUGACAUGCCGCUCUCUUAACCGCGCCGCCACAACCAUGAUGUAUAGAAAGUAUGAUCAUUGCUACGAUACCGAACCAUCAACCCGAUUCAUCAGGAGUCUGAUCACCAACCCUGCGCUAGGUGCGUUGGUAAAAGAGAUGAAAGAGGUUGGCCAGGUAUCUGUCGGAGACGAGCACAUGAGCUCUCACAUCCGCAGCUUUCAAGACAUACAGAUGAUUUGCUCUAAGAUUGAGAGUCUCGGCAUUCCUAACGAAGAAUAUGCUACACUUUUCCGCAAAGGUGAAGACGCAUUCAGUGCUUUGGAGUCAGCCUUGAUCCUGUGGCUCACGCCCAACAUCGAGACCUGGUCUGAGGCUAAGGCCUUGUUGGAGACGCUACAACCCGGACUUCAAGCUCUGGAGUUGUGCGAACGCCGUGAAUACAGCGAUACGAGGUUGGGUACACUCCAAAAGUUUGCCAGUCUGCGGUAUCUUGCUGUACCGUUUGAACUCUUGAUUAGUCCUUUCGACAAGCCGGAAGAGCGAAGUCUCGACAAGCUUCUGCCAAUGGGUCUGGAAACACUCGUACUCAGCAAAGGCUGGGACUCUUGCGGCGGGCGAGGCGUGUUUGACUUGCGGUAUGAACGACCUCAAUGCGAUCCACAUGUCCAAAGCCUACUUGAUGCAUGUCAGAGUGGCAGCAUUCGUCUUCAGAAAUUUGGCAUCAUAAUGUAUGUGCUGGGCGAGAAUCAUGACGUCUCAGAGACGGAGAUUGACGCACACUUCAACUUCCACGAAUAUGCCAUCCAGUGCAGACAAUGCGGGAUUCACUUUGACUUUGUCAUCAAGGUUCGCACUUGUGGAGAUAUUCUACCAGCUUUUAUUGAAGCAUGGCCUACAGCGAACGAAGAGAUUGCGAAUGAGUACAAGCAGCACCUCUAUUGUCCAGAUGGCUGGGAAUCGAAUAGCUGGCAACCGUGUGGCCACCAACUACAGGGUAUCUCGAAACCCGCUUUCUUCGAUACAUACGACGAUGCGUAUGAUCUUGAUCACAGAACUUCUGUCCUCAAAGAGCGCGAUGAUGACUGA